CAGGCAAGAGAACAGGCUUAAGGAGCUGUAUUGGGGGGGAGGACGGAGGCAAGCAGGCCAAGGCCUGGCCCAGGGAGGGAACAUGGAGCCAGCUGGGUCCCUGCGGCGUGGGGACGAACACAGCUGGUGGGGUAGUGCUCCCCAGUACCAGUAUGUGCCCUUCGAACACUGCACCAGCUACGGACUGCCCUCUGAGAGCGGGGCCCUUCAGCACAGGCUCCGGAGGGAUGCAGGUCCCCGUGCCAACACCCGCCCCACACAGAUUUAUGGUCAUUACAAACAGCAAUUCUCAGACAAGGAGCAGGACACAGGGAUGCCCAAGAAGACGGGUUCCAGUGAGAGCGUGGACAGCAAGGAUGAGGAUCACUAUUCUAAAUGUCAAGGCUGUGUCCACCGCCUGGGACAUGUGAUGAGAAGAAAAUUAGGAGAAGACUGGAUCUUUCUGGUGCUCCUGGGACUGCUUAUGGCUCUGGUUAGCUGGAGCAUGGACUAUGUCAGUGCCAAAACCCUUCAGGCCUACAAGUGGAGCUAUUACCAGAUGCAGCCCAACCUGCCUCUGCAGUACCUGGUCUGGGUCACCUUCCCGCUAACUCUCAUCCUCUUCAGUGCCCUCUUCUGCCACCUCAUCUCUCCCCAGGCUGUUGGCUCUGGAAUCCCUGAAAUGAAGACAAUACUCCGUGGGGUGAUCCUGAAGGAGUAUCUCACCCUCAAGGCCUUUGUGGCCAAGGUUGUGGCCUUGACUGCGGGGCUGGGCAGUGGCAUUCCUGUGGGGAAGGAGGGCCCUUUUGUCCACAUCGCCAGCAUCUGUGCUGCUGUCCUCAGCAGGUUUAUGUCGAUGUUCUGUGGAGUCUAUGAGACCGUGUCUGGGCAGCUUGAUCUCCUGGUGUCGGCCUGUGCGGUGGGCGUGGGAUGCUGCUUUGCAGCCCCUAUUGGAGGAGUGCUGUUCAGCAUCGAGGUCACCUCUACCUACUUUGCCGUGCGGAACUACUGGCGAGGAUUCUUUGCGGCCACGUUCAGUGCCUUUGUUUUCCGCGUACUGGCCGUGUGGAACAAGGAUGCAGUCACCAUCACUGCUCUCUUCAGAACCAAUUUCCGAAUGGAUUUCCCCUUUGAUCUGCAGGAGCUCCCAGCCUUCGCCAUCAUUGGGAUUUGCUGUGGCUUCCUGGGAGCUGUAUUUGUGUACCUGCAUCGCCAAGUCAUGCUUGGUGUCCGAAAGAACAAGGCCCUCAGCCAGUUUCUGGCGAAGCACCGCCUGCUGUAUCCCGGAAUAGUCACCUUCAUCAUUGCCUCAUUCACCUUUCCACCAGGAAUGGGUCAAUUCAUGGCUGGAGAGCUGAUGCCUCGUGAAGCCAUCAGUACCCUGUUUGACAACAACACGUGGGUAAAGCAUGUGGGUGACCCUGAAAGCCUGGGCCGGUCGGCCGUGUGGAUCCACCCACAGGUCAAUGUGGUCAUCAUCAUCUUCCUCUUCUUUAUCAUGAAGUUCUGGAUGUCCAUCGUGGCCACCACUAUGCCCAUACCCUGUGGAGGCUUCAUGCCUGUGUUCGUACUAGGAGCUGCAUUCGGAAGGCUGGUAGGAGAGAUCAUGGCUAUGCUAUUCCCUGAUGGUAUCUUAUUUGAUGAUAUCAUCUACAAGAUCCUACCCGGGGGCUAUGCAGUAAUUGGGGCAGCCGCGCUGACCGGUGCAGUAUCCCACACAGUCUCCACAGCUGUGAUUUGCUUCGAAUUAACGGGUCAGAUUGCCCACAUCUUACCCAUGAUGGUGGCUGUCAUCUUGGCCAACAUGGUGGCUCAGAGCCUUCAGCCCUCCCUCUAUGACAGCAUCAUCCAGGUCAAGAAGCUACCCUACUUGCCUGACCUUGGUUGGAACCAGCUCAGUAAAUUCACCAUCUUUGUUGAGGACAUCAUGGUACGUGAUGUGAAGUUUGUUUCAGCCACUUGCACUUACGGGGAAUUGCAAACCCUGCUCCAGACCACCACAGUCAAGACUUUACCACUGGUUGAUUCAAAAGAUUCAAUGAUCCUGCUGGGCUCCGUGGAGCGGUCAGAGCUGCAGGCCCUCCUACAGCGUCACCUGUGCCCGGAGCGGAGGCUGCGGGCAGCCCAGGACAUGGCCAGGAAGCUGUCCGAGCUGCCCUUUGAUGGGAAGGCUCUGCUGGCUGGCAAGGGACACCAAGGCAUCUCCCUUGAGGGCCGGAGGGAGUCCUUUGCAUUUGUGGAUGAGGAUGAAGAUGAGGACCUCUCUGGGAAGCCUGAGCUGCCUCCUCUCCCUCCUCCUCAUCCCUUUCCUACUGCCCCGUUGUCCUCCGAAGAGUCCAAUGGGCCCCUGCCCAGCCACAAACAGCAGCCAGAAGCACCGGAGCCUGCAGGUCAAAGACCCUCUGUCUUUCGGUCCCUGCUGCGCUGCUUACUGGGCAGACCUCGCCCCACAAAGAAGAAAACAACCCAGGAGUCAACGGAUUUAGUGGACAACAUGUCACCUGAAGAGAUUGAAGCCUGGGAGCAGGAGCAGCUGAGCCAGCCUGUCUGUUUUGACUACUGCUGCAUUGACCAGUCCCCCUUCCAGCUGGUAGAGCAGACGUCCCUGCACAAGACCCACACACUGUUCUCACUCCUUGGCCUCCACCUUGCUUACGUGACCAGCAUGGGGAAGCUCAGGGGCGUGUUGGCAUUGGAAGAGCUGCAGAAGGCCAUUGAGGGGCACACCAAGUCUGGGGUGCAGCUCCGCCCUCCCCUCGCCAGCUUCCGGAACUCGACUUCCAUUCGGAAGAAUCCUGGUGGCCCGCCCCCUCCCACAGAGGCCUGGAGCCUGCCUGAGGGUGGAACAGGGGCUUCUGGGGCAGGGGAUGGGACUCCUGCCUCCCCAGAGACCCCCGUGCCCUCCCCCUCCCCAGAGCCCCCUUUGUCCGUGGCUCCAGACAAGGCAGAGGGCGAGCUGGAGGAGCUGGAGCUGGUGGGGAACCCGGGGCUGGAGGAGCUGGCUGACAUCCUGCAGGGCCCCAGUCUGCGAUCCACUGACGAGGAGGAUGAGGACGAGCUGAUCCUGUGACCGUCUCCAGGACCUCCUCUUAAAGACUGUCCAGAGCCCCAGGCCAGUGUGCGUGUGGAGGGCGUAUGUCCUGAAGCUGGAGAGAGCACACCAACGUCCCGACCCCUCCUGGGAAUUUUAAAAGGUGAUAGUUUUAGUUUUAGAGGAGGGUUAAAAUUUGGGCAGAGAGAGUAGCCUCAGUCAGCUCUUUAGGCCACGUCCAGAUAGGUGGGAGUUCCAAGCCCAGUGGAGGACCUGAUAUUCCAUGGGACUUCCUGAGCCUUCCUGGAACAUGGGUGGGAAAUCCCCUGCCUCUCUCAGCCUCCCUUCAGUCCCCCACAGUCCCCAGUGUCUUGACCCAACACUGCCCUGGCUUUGCCCCUGUGACUGACAGGCUCUGCAGGGGGAGGCCCACAAUGACUGUGGCCUCGGAGGAGAGGGUCAUCUCCCGGCCUCAUAGAGUGCCAGCCCUGAAUACACUUACCCACGGCCCUCUCUCACACACACCCCUACCCCAUCCUCUGGCUUACGGACCUCCACUCCCUGAAAUUUGCCUCCCACUCCAUUCUGGCUCCCACUACCUGUCACCAGGCAGGGGCCAUCACUAAGGCAGUGAAAGGCCGGUCCUAUUGGCCCCUCUUCAUCCCAGGGUGUAAACAGUGCAUUGUGGAUAAAGGAGGACCAACCCCCAAGAGCAAAGGGCUCUGUGCAGGAAGCAAGUGUCUUGUUGCCGAACACUCAUGCCUCCUUCAGGCACAAAUCCAUCCUAUCUCACACCAACGACAGCUUCCUCACCCUCCAGUUUCCAGGUCACCCUGGCCACUACAUCCCCUCUCCACCGUCCUCAUUGACCUCUCCUGCCCCAGGGUCCGCUGUGCCCUCCAGCUGCUGCCGCUGUGGCUUCUCCUGCCAAGAACCAAGGCUCAGGGCAGCCAGGUCACUGUGUCUCUCAGACACCAGCCUUUCUUAGACUGGUUCUUUGUGUUCCUCUUCUAGAGGUGGGGAGAUGGGGGUUCAAUGUCAAGAUGACAAACCUCUUGGAUGUUUCCCAUGCCAGGGAAGCCAGAGACUUAUCCUCCCCAAAUCAGCAAUAGGGUGCCUGUCGUUAGCCUGUCUCUCCUCUGAAAUGGUCCUGGGUGCUCUGAGCCCCUAGCAGCCCUGGCUUCCACACCCAAGGCUUUCUUCCCUCCCUCCUUCCUUUUGGUCCUUAUCUGGUUCUACAGUUGUACUCCUUUUCCGACAUUCUCCUCCUUCCCCUCCCCUGUGCCCACUCUCCAUCAUCCCCCAAAGAAGACACUCAUAGUCAGAGGUGCCACCACAUUGUUUAGUGCCAUUGAACAUAGCCUGUAGCCCUCUCCAACAGGAUGUCCCUUCCACCCCCGCCCCCAGGCCAAGAGAGGGUGCAGCCUGAGCAGGGGGGCUGGCAGUGGGCAUUUGAGCCCAUGCCCAUGUGUAUAUAAUCUAUGAUAUUUAUAUAUAUAUAUUUAUAUAUAAUUCUCUCUGUAAUAUAUGUCAUAGAAUCUCUCUUGGGCCUGGGGUGGGAAUGUCACAUUAAGAAAACAUGCUAAGACUGGCCGUAAAAAUGGUUAUUUCCCAGACCUGGAAGACAGAGUAUGGGAUGUAGAGGUGGGGACAAAGAAAAGGUCAUACACUCAUUCACCAAGAGCCCCCCCCCCCAGCACAAGGAUAAGAAGGGAGGCAUUGGGGGAGGUGGGGCAGUGGAAGGGGAGGAAUGGGAGAUUUGGAUUUUUCUUUAAUAAAGUGAUUCGAAAAUGAAAGUGCACCCCCCCACC